AUGGCCGCGGCGGCGCUCCGCUUCCCGCCGCUCCUCUCCUCGUGCGCCACGCCUACCACCACAGCCGCCACCUGCACCCGGAGGACGGCGUCAGCCACCCUCAGGGUCGCCGCGCAGCCCGGAUCCGCCCCCGCCUCUGCCUCCACCUCCACCUCCGACGGGCCGCCGGAGUUCUCGCCGCCGGACGGGUUCACGCCUCCGGUGCCCAGGCGCUUGGCUAUCAAGGAUGGGCAGCUCGGAAGCGUCGCCGGCGCGGCCCUCGCCGUGCCUUUCCGCCUCGGCACCGGCCUCUUCGUCCAAGGAUACUCGGUAUCACUAGUCUCUGCUGACAAAAUACCCGCAGACCAAUAUUCGCUGGAAUUUCUAGGUCUAAAGGUGAGGGAGACCUCAAAGAUAGAUCAGUGCUGUCGACCAGAAAAACCUAUUGAGAUAUACGAGUUUGAAGGCUAUCCAUUUUGUCGAAAGGUGAAUAUCGUUUUAGUUUACCACGUCUGCAUCUUGUACUUGGCAUUUUUCAUGUAUGGACAACCUUGGUGUUUUUGCCAUGUAAAAUUUCAGGUGAGAGAGAUGGUAGCCGUCUUGGACCUUGAUGUUUUAUUUUAUCCCUGUCCACAAAAGGGGCCAACAUUUCGUCCAAAGGUUUUGGAGAUGGGAGGAAAGAAACAGUUCCCUUACAUGGUGGAUCCAAACACAGGAGUUGCCAUGUAUGAAUCAGAUGACAUCAUAAAAUACCUUGCGGACACAUACGGUGAUGGAACUAUUCCAAUUAUGCUAUCGCUUGGUCUAUUUACGACAAUAACAGCAGGGCUUGCUAUGAUUUGGCGUAUAUGGAAGGGAUCUUCAUACACUGUUUCAAAGCUUCCACCCCAGCCGAUAGAGAUCUGGGCAUACGAGGGCUCUCCUUUCUGUAAAAUAGCACGAGAGGCCCUUGUUGAAUUGGAGUUGCCACACUUGCUACACAGCUGUGCACGUGGCAGCCCCAAGCGACAGGAAAUUUUCAAGAAACUUGGCCUUUUCCAGGUGCCUUAUAUCGAGGAUCCUAACACGGGGGUCAAAAUGUUCGAAAGCUCUGAGAUCGUAGAGUACCUAAAGGCAACAUAUUCACUCUAUCCUCAGUAA